CAUAUAUAUAUAUAUUGAUAUAUAUAGUAGUUGUGUUGUAUCAUUGAUUAAUAUGGUGUACAAAAGGCCAUUGAAGUGUUUGAGGAUAGUGAUGGCUAAUUUGGUGACAGUGUUUGUUGUGAUGGGAAUUAUAGUGAGUGGUUUCAGAAUUGGAGCAGAUGGUUUGAACAUGAAUUACUAUUUGUUUAGUUGCCCUUUUGUUGAAUCUAUUGUUAAGGACAUUGUCAAUAGGGCAUUGGAAGAUGAUCCUUCACUUGCUGCUCCUCUUCUUAGAAUGCACUUCCAUGAUUGUUUCAUUCAGGGAUGUGAUGGAUCAAUUUUGAUUGAUUCCACAAAGGGUAACAAAGCAGAAAAGGAUUCACCAGCAAAUUUGAGUUUGAGAGGCUAUGAAAUCAUAGAUGACAUCAAAGAAGAGCUUGAAAGACAAUGUCCUGGAGUAGUUUCAUGUGCUGAUAUUCUUGCUUUAGCUGCUAGAGAUGCAGUUUUCUUUGCAGGGGGACCAGUUUAUGACAUACCAAAGGGAAGAAAAGAUGGAACAAGGUCCAAAAUUGAGGAUACCAUUAAUCUGCCAUCUCCCAACUUCAAUGCUUCUGAUCUCAUCAAGAUGUUUGCCCAACAUGGCUUUUCAGCACAAGAGAUGGUGGCUCUCUCUGGGGCUCACACAAUAGGAGUAGCUAGGUGUUCUUCUUUCAAGAACAGGCUAACAAAAGUGGAUCCAAAUUUGAACUCAGAAUUUGCAAAGACACUGUCCAGAACAUGCAGUGCUAUGCCUUAUUUAAAACAAAUAUAUGAUCUAUUUCUGAAUAGUACAUUGUUCCACCAAGAUUGGUAUCGACUAUUUGGAUACUUGGCUUAUGUAGGUUAUGCCUCCUUAAAAAACCCCUAUGGACAAAACCCCUGGAGCUUGGGAAAAAAUCCAAUAGAGGAAAAAGAGUACAUCAACCAUGCAUAA